ACCAUGUUUAGGAUGAGUGUAUCUUUCCAAACCAGAGGACACGUCAUUCCCAGCUAAUGCUCAGUUUUAAUACGACUGGAAUUGCUUUUAUUUAAAUCUUAAGCGGUUUGCCAAGACGACACGUUAAGACGCGAAUGGGUUAGCACGCGAGCUAACUUGGCUACCAAAGCUGUUUGUUUGUGUACGCACAGACAAUGAACUAUGUCGUUUGACAGCACAAAUAAUAUGACAGAUGAUAUAUAGUCCAUUACGGCGAACUAAGGUGACAUUUCACAAGCAGAUAUCCUUAUUAUGGGUCUACUGAGCUUGAUUUUUAGUUCAGUUGGAAAAUGCAUAGAUGUCAUUUGCCUCCUUCUGGAUUUAAAUUUUGUAAUUGUCAACUCAUUAAUUCAGCUGUUGGUGGCAGUGAUCUCCUUUGUCAGUAGUCUGCCCAUGCUACUCACAAAUUCAGUGUCUGAGUGCUGGAAUCUCACUCUGCUUUGCAUCAUCACCAUGCGGGACGGAGUGACCGUCGUGACCCAUAACAUGGUCGGAGGCUGGACGCAGCUGCUCGGAGGCAUGCUGGAAAGCUUCAAGAUGAUCGGAUACCUGUCUUCACAUCUGCUACUGCGCACCAAAGAGCUUCUUCACCGCGGUUUGCUGUCGGGACACAGUUUGCUACGGCAGGCGUGGGAAGGCUGUGGCAUCGUGUUCAGCCUGUUGCUUUAUUUCGUCAACACGAUCAUUAACUUACUUCUCAUUGGUACGCAAAAUUUAUACUCUGUGUUGGCCAGCACUGUGGAGGCAGUGUCCUGCCCUUUGCAGAAAGCUCUUGAGCUGACCCUGACUGUGCUGACCUUCCUGUACAGCAGUCUCGUUGGCACCUCCAUCCUGCUGUGGACACCAUGCAGACUAGCCAUGGAGUUCCUGGGAUCUGUCUGCCAGAUCUUCAUGAGCGUGUUCUUGCUAAACUCUUACGGGCUGCUGCUCACGUUUGUCAUCAUCACGAGUACCACCAUAUACCUGAAUCCAGCGCUCCCAAGACGGGUAUCUUUGCACAUAAUCAACUACAUCAACACUGUGCCAGUCCUGCAGCGACUCAGAAGAGCUCUACACCGCCUCUACGUCCUCGAGAGGAACGUGUGGCAGAGAUUGGCCUGGCAUCGUAGUCGGAUAGGCCUCCUGGUGAUUCCUGCAAGGAGAGAAGCUGCGGAAAGGGACGUUAGACAGCCUGAGCACAACCUUGAGCCUCAAAUUGACCUAAACGCAGCAGAUCCGGUGGUGGAAGACGCUCCUGAGGACACCAACCAAGCAGACGAUCCUCUAAACCUGCCGCUUCCAAGCUCCAGCGCUCGCAGGCCGCUCCGGAAGUUUCCGUCUGAGGACAGUUGUAAAGGCCCUCCGGCGGACAACCUGCUGAAUCUUCUCCAGGAGCAAGAGGAGAGGAAGAAGUGCGUGAUCUGUCAGGACAGCACCAAGACUGUCGUGCUUUUGCCUUGCCGUCACUUGUGCUUGUGUAGAAACUGCACCAACAUUCUGCUGAGCCAGCCCAUCUACCAACACAACUGCCCCCUGUGCCGCCACAUGAUCCUUCAGACCAUGGACGUGUAUCUCUGAGGGAAACGUUUACGGAUGUGUUUCUGUCAUCCUCAGGUUAUUUGAGCAGCACUGUUCUUGAACUGUGGGAAACCACAUGUUCCCUUUUCAUCUGUUCAUUCCACUACUAUUGCUUGUAUAGAUUUGAAUCACAAACUUUUAUAAAUUGCGAUGGCAAAGCUGAUGACUGACUGGGUUUUCUAAUGGUUUUAUAUACAUUGUCACUGUUUUUUUGAUCAGCUUGUGGAAUCAACACUAUUUUUCUCAUACAGCAAUAUCAAAUGAAUGUAAGCUUUGUAUUAACAAACAUUAAAAGCAGUGUUAAUUGUGAAGAUGGAAGAUUUGCUUAAUGGAGUGUUUAAGGGGAACAUUUAUGCUACAAUACUACUAACGUUGGGCCUUAUUGUAUGAAUUGUUGUCUAAUACAUUUUUUGCCUGACUGUAAAGGUGAUCAAAGGUUUCAUGUGA